CUUUUCUGUUUUCGUUAUAUCAUUUCAGAUCACAACAUAGUCAUUGAAGGAUGAAGCUGUCCAUGAUCCUAGUUCUCUUCCUGCACAUAUCUACCACGGUAUCUUUAAAUGUUCGUCUAGUGGAUGGUCCGACACAGAAUCAAGGUCGUGUAGAGAUUUACAACAAUGGACAAUGGGGAACAGUCUGUGAUGACGGGUUCGAGACUGAUGAAGCCAAAGCAGUUUGUAAUGAAUUAGGCUACAGGUAUGGAACUGCCUUUGAGAGAUCAUAUUUCGGAAAUGGAUCUGGAGAAAUAUUUGUAGAUAAUCUGGACUGCUCUGAUCGCUCAACUGGCCCCAACACGUUACGACUGGGAGGGAUAUUAUGCCAUUUUAAUGGAUGGGGUGAUCAUAACUGCAAUCACAGAGAGGAUGCUAGUGUUGUAUGUGAAGUGUGUGCACAAGGAACUUUCGGACAAUCCUGCUCCUCCAGGUGCCAUUGUAGAUCGUCUGAGUGUGACCCGGUAUCGGGUAACUGCACACAUCAACCAAGCGGAUGUUUGGCUGGAUGGAGGGGAGCUCGGUGUGAUCAAGCAUGUGAAGAAGGCACUUUUGGCCCUUCAUGCAGCAAAAAUUGCCACUGUGAGAUACCGGGGUGUGACGGUGCAACUGGCUUAUGUACAGGUGGGAUCUGUUUACCUGGAUGGCGAGGGACGUCAUGUGCAAAUGGGUGUGGUCAAGAGACAUUUGGUCAGUCCUGUUCUUCGCGGUGCCACUGUAAAAUAUCUGGUUGUAACCCGAUCACCGGUGUCUGUACAAAUCAGUCGGCAGGAUGUUCUGAUGGGUGGACAGGGGAUAGAUGUGACCAAGCAUGUGGCUAUCAAACCUUUGGCGACUCUUGUUCCAAUAUAUGCCACUGCAGAUCUUCGGGCUGCAAUUCAGUAAGUGGAUUAUGCACAAGUCCAGGGGAUUGUCUGGAAGGAUGGACAGGAGAUCGCUGUGACCAAGCGUGCGGAAACGGGACAUUCGGUAAUUCCUGUUCGUUCAAGUGUCACUGCAGGUUUCCAGGUUGUGACCCCGUAACUGGGAUUUGUACAAACCAGGGAGAAGGGUGUGAAGUUGGAUGGACUGGAAACUCGUGCAGUCAAGUGUGUGGACUGGGGUUAUUCGGUACAAACUGUUUAGAGAUGUGUCACUGCCAAGUACCCGGAUGUGAUCCUGUAACGGGUGUUUGUAACACAGGUGAAUGUCAAUCUGGAUGGAAGGGACAAUCCUGUAAUAUAACCUUCAAAAUGGAAAGUCAAGUGAAUUCGCCGGAACCUCGUCGCAACAGCUUCGUUAUCGCUGUCGCUUUUCUGAGUGUUCUACUGGCUGCUUCUAUUGCGAUAAACAUUGGCCUAUACAUCACUCGCAGGAGGUCUGCAAGUGAAGAUGACAAAGACCCCUGCAUUUCGAAUAUCCCACAUAGUCCAUUGGAGUCUGUGAUGAUGCCACAAUCAGACAAUGAAGCUAACGGAGUAUCUUCAAUCGUCAGAUACGGAAGAGGAUAUGGCAAUCAAGAGAUCAGUGCAUGAAGAACCGGUACGGCACGUAUACAAGUGAACAACGUUUUCAAGACCGCAUUCAUAGAUUUUCGAAAGAAGACAGACAUACGCAGGAGAAAGUUAUGCAUACAAACAAUUUAUUUUCCUGGCGGAAAUUAUUCAUGAUUCCAAACAAUCGUUUUAGAGACAGGAUACAUGCAUUUCUUCUGAAUAUAUUUCAAUCUAUGAUGGAAUGUGUCAUAUCCCUGUUUGCUAUUCGUAUUCAUUUUCUCAUAACGAAUACAUGUAUAUCAAACUGCGAUACACUAUCGGCUCAUUUUACGAAUAAGCCAGAAAUGUUAAUAUUAUUCAAGGUAUUACUGUAAAGGUAUAUCUAUGCACACUCAUAUAUACGCAUUGGACAUACUUUUCAAUUUUAUUCAUAUGUACAGUUACACUUUUAUGUUACAGUUACAAAAGAAAUAUAAUAAUUCUUUAACGAAAUUAUGAGUAACUUUCGCAAAAGGAAAACGAUGUAUUUCAGACAGUGCCAUUGCUUGCAUUAAAUUAUAUGCUGGCAUUUGGCUAGAGACGAUUUAUCUGUGCAAGGUAAUUGUAGAAAUAUUAUCAUACUACAUCUAGUAAGCACUUAGUUAGUAUAUUACCUCAUAUAAGAAUGAAAAAAUAUAUCACGUGGUUUGACGUCACA